UACUGUGUGAGCUGUGAUUGGUCACAGCUUCUCACAUGGUACAAGGCUGUUGUGAAUGGCCCUGUUCCAUGUGAUCUCGAUGAUCAUUCACAGAUUUCACACGUAGUAAGCAAUGAUGUCAGAAGUGACAUCUUGCUUACUACUCUUCAUGUGAUCACUGACUGGCCAAUCAGUGAUCACAUGAUCGGGGCCUCAUACAGAUCGGUGUUCCACUGUGUCCUCCGGACACAGCAGGCACUGGAUCGCGGUGCCGUGCGCUCCCAGGGAGUGCACACAGGCUAAAAUGGUGGGCACCAAUUAUGAACGGCAACCUGCACCUGCACUGCUCUCUUCUGGCCGUUUAUAUACAUGGGCCAGACGGGAAGUGGUUAA